AUGCCGGUUAUCUUGCCUGCCCCCCUCCGGAAAGAGAAGCCGCUGGUGGCCGGGAGACAAGGGUUCUCUUCUUCCUUAUUCAUUGGGCGGCUCUGGGGGAAUCUUUCUGGGUUCUACAAGCAUCACAGUAAGGCUCAGAAUUAUGAUUGUACAGUGGGCCUUCUGGAGUUUCAACCAAAUGUGGAAAAGAGGAGGUGUUUAACUCAGGCACAAACACUGGAUGAACAAAUUAGUUGUGGAAAUCGAGAUGAACAAAACAAAACAAAACGACUAUUGAAAAGAUCUUGGAGUGUUUCCGUUUCCAAGAAUUUUACAGAAAAGAUUUUGCCUUUAUCUAAAGAAUUACAACAGAGUUUAGAAAAAUUAAAGCUACAUUCAUUAUAUAGAGCAAGGUGGACAAUAGAACAUUCUGUUUUUAACAACCAAACGUUGGAAGAUAUUUGGAUUAAACUGAAUCGAAUUAUCAGGCAUAAUGAACUUCCAUCUUGUAAUGCUACAAUCCAGAGACAUGUAAGCCAAAUAUGGGUUUUCUGUGACAUUUUGUACUGUGAACAUGUAUGUAAUAUCCUUAAAGGAAGAUUAGGUCUUAAGGGGAAAAUGAAUUUAUUUGUUCAUAAAUAUGGAGUGAUUUUUAGUAUGUAAUAGAAAUGAAUUUUUUCCCCAGAGAAUUAAAUUUGUGUUCUCUGUGAGGAAUGAACUGAAAUAGGUGACAAAUAAAUUUUGGAAUUUAUUUUCAA